AUGGUCUACAAUAGACCAAUCCCCACAACUGGCGCCAUGAAGCGGUCUGCUUCAGCCCUCGAAGGACCUCCGGGAUGGGAUGUUGCUCCUCCUAUGAUGACCCAUUCUCGCUCAUCAUUUCGCCCUCCUUAUACUCACUACGCCAUGAUCUAUCUAGACCAAGAUGGCAAGCUCAAGGUUGACGAGUCCUCGUCCAUUCAAGAACACAACGCAACCGUGUUCAACCCUGAAGUCCGCCAGAACUUCCUUGAGAUCCUCGGCGAACGCAUUGGCUACCACGCCCCCAUUCGCCAGACCGCAGAUGCAUCCCCCAGACGGGUGAGACGACGCAAAGGCAAUGGUCCCUCGAUCUCCGAGGACCGUCUCUCCGAGCAGGCUUCUGACAGCGAAGACUUCUCCAACGGAUCUACCGAAAUGGUUCCUCUCCGCAUUGGAGACACCCAAAAGGUUAUGUCUUACUAUGAGAGUGCUCUUAAGCACUUCCAACAACUCAACUGCCGUAUGGUUGCCAAGGCAUUCAUCAAAUUCAUCGAGCCGCGCAAACAGGUCAGACAUCCUUACAAUGGUGGUAAGCCUCCACCGGGAUCUGCCCCCGGUACCACCGGUGAUCCAGAAAAGACCAAGCCCGAGUGGUGGCCCCCAGGUGUCAUGCACAAGGAGCCUGACCACUUACGUAAAGAGUACCGCAUUGAGCUUCUCCUUCACAUCAUCCGUCACCUUGGUGGCUACGGUAUUACUGCAGACAAGCUCAAGGAAGUCGCUGGGGAUACAAAGCGAAGCUUGAAGCACCCAUCCCACGUCGAGAUCAUCUACGAGAUCCUCCGCGUCCGCAAGAUGGAAGAGCGCCUUGAGCGCGGCGAAGUCGACGCCAAUAUGAUCGUGUACACCAUGAACCGCGGACCCAGCCCCAAGGGCGACGAAGAAGAAGAAUCCAACGACGCUCCUUCAGUGACAAUCGAGGAAUCCGAGCACAGCGUGCAAGGCCUCAUGACCCCCAUCUCCUCCGUCGAGCACAUCAGCGCCGCUCUCACCACACCAAUUGAUACCCUCCCCCCCGCCCGCUCCCUCCCAGGCAGCUUCUCCAUGCCCGAGUCCAUCAGCUUCGAAGGACCCCGUCACGACCGCCCCUACUAUGCCACACCACCUCAAUACACAGACACCUUCUCCUCACAGCCAAUGAUCAACACACCCGUAACAGCAGAGAUGAUCAGCCCCCACGACGUCUCCGUCUUCGACUACUCAUCCCAUAACGCCCUGGACCAGUCCCGCGCUGGCCACUAUGACCCCUGGGCUCCGACCCCAACCUUCCGCCAGAAUAUCUUCGGGACAGUCGAGUACAAUUCCGCACCCACUAGCCAGCCCAUGUCCCAGCCAUCAAUGAGCUACCACAUGCCCAUGGCCCCUCACAUGCAUGACAUGUCGCAAUCUCAUAUCGACCAGCGCUCCCUGCCUUUCCGCACCGGCUCGCUAGGCCACCCUCACCCUAAUGGCCUGCCUCUUUCUCACGCCGUCUAG